GAGGGGGCUUGGUAAGGCGGACGGACUGCUUCCGGCUAGAAGUUCCGGGAGGAGGAGGAAGCUGCGGCCGCCCGCGGUGGGACGCCGGGGCCGCUUAGCCCUCGGGCGUUGCCGUAGGGCGCUCAGGUCCUCCAUUUUGUCUCCUCAGCUUUCUACACUUGUGACAAAACAAGCCAGGAGGAGGGACACACACAGCCCUGGUAAUCGUGGCCCGGCCCUCAUUCUGCGGACAUGGCAAACAAGGGGAACAAGAAACGUCGGCAGUUCUCCCUGGAGGAGAAAAUGAAAGUCGUGGAAGCUGUAGACUCGGGAAAGAGGAAAGGCGACGUGGCAAAAGAAUUCGGUAUCACUCCUUCCACCUUGUCUACAUUCUUAAAGGACCGCGCCAAGUUUGAAGAGAAGGUCCGGGAGGCAUCCGUAGGACCCCAGCGGAAAAGGAUGAGAAACGCUCUCUAUGACGACAUCGAUAAGGCUGUUUUUGCUUGGUUUCGAGAAAUCCAUGCCAAAAACAUUCUUGUGACUGGUUCUGUCAUUCGUAAAAAAGCACUAAACUUGGCCAACAUGCUUGGCUAUGACAACUUUCAAGCAAGUGUGGGCUGGCUGAACAGAUUUAGGGAUCGCCACGGAAUUGCUUUGAAAGCAGUCUGUAGAGAGGAUAGUGACAGAUUAAUGAAUGGUCUAGGAAUAGAUAAGGUUAACGAGUGGCAUGCAGGGGAAAUUAUAAAACUGAUUGCUGACUACAGCCCAGAUGAUAUCUUUAAUGCUGACGAGACAGGAGUGUUUUUCCAGUUGCUUCCCCAGCACACGCUUGCUGCUAAAGGGGACCAUUGUAGAGGGGGCAAGAAAGCAAAGCAGCGGUUGACAGCACUCUUUUGUUGCAAUGCUUCGGGGACUGAAAAAAUGAGACCAUUGAUUGUUGGUAGGUCAGCCAACCCACGCUGUCUCAGGAAUGUCCAUUCCCUCCCUUGUGAUUACCGAGCCAACCGGUGGGCAUGGAUGACGCAGGACCUGUUCAACGAGUGGCUGAUGCAAGUGGAUGCCAGGAUGAAGCGGGCAGAGCGCCGCAUCCUCCUGCUGAUUGACAACUGCUCGGCUCACAACAUGCUGCCACGCUUGGAAAGGAUUCAGGUGGGGUACCUGCCCUCCAACUGUACUGCCGUUCUGCAGCCCCUGAAUCUUGGCAUAAUUCACACCAUGAAAGUGCUAUAUAGAAGCCACCUCCUGAAACAGAUCCUCCUCAAGCGCCACAGCAGUGAGGAUCAAGAAAAAGUGGACAUGAGGCAGGCCAUUGACAUGAUCGCUGCAGCGUGGUGGUCAGUCAAGCAGUCCACGGUGGUGAGAUGCUGGCAGAAGGCGGGCAUCAUCCCUAUGGAACUGACGGAUUCCGGCCCAGAAGCAGCAGCCAGUGAACCAGAGAUAGCCACUGAAGAGUUGUGGCACUCCGUGGCUAUUGCCACCUGUGUCCCAAAUGAAAUAAAUUUCCAGGACUUUGUCACUGCAGACGAUGACCUUAUCAUCUCUCAAGAUCUGAUGGACACAGAGGUCAUCCAGGGCACGGAGGCUGGUGAAAAUACAGAUGAAGCUGGAAGUGAGGAUGAGGGAGAGGCAUCUUCACCACAGCAGCCAAAAAUCACCAUCACAGAGGCCAUCUCAAGUGUACAGAAACUCAGACAGUUCCUUUCCACUUGUGCAGGUGUUCCUGAUGCCGUUUUUGGACAACUAAAUGGCAUAGAUGAAUAUUUAAUGAGAAAAGUGACACAAACUCUUGUUGACUCCAAACUUACAGAUUUUCUCCAAACAAAAUAAUGUAGGAAUUAACUGUCCCUUUUAAUUUAGAAAAUGUAGUUUACAAGAAUAAAGUGAGUUUUGGCUUUUGUUUAAAGAUAGGAUACGGAACUUAAAUUUUAAGAUUUUGAUGACAACGUUCCAGUCCUCUGAAAUAAUCAGGAAACUUCCUUGAACGGUAUUUGGAAAUGAAAUUUGACUACUAUGUGUGUUAUCUUUUGAUUCAUCAGAUGGUUCCCCAAGUUGUCUGCACCUUAGGGUCUCUUGAGGAUCUUCAAAGAAAUUUGCAAAGCCCAGGCCUUAUCCCAAACCAAUUAAAUCACAAUCACUGGUGGUGGGUCACAGGCAUUAGUUUGUGGAGCUCCCCAGGUAAUUCCGAUGUGCAGAAAAGAUUAUUGGAUUGGCCACAGGAAAGUCAAACACGCUGUGGGGCUAGAGCCAACUUUUUCCCAGUAAGUCUAGCUCAGUGUUUUCCAAAUGCUAGCUCCCUUUAGAAUCACUUGGAAGGCUUGCUAAAACCCAGAUUGCUGGGUUCCACCUCCAUAUUUUCUGAUUCAGUGGGUCUUAGGUGGGGCCCCCAAAUUUGCAAUCCUAACAAGUUCCUAGGUUAUGCUGAUAUUGAUGUGGUCCAGGAUCCAUACUUUGAGAACCACUGGUUUAGCUGGAUUCUAGUACUUCUCUCUUCAUUUGGCCAUCUGAAAACUCCCACUCACUAGCAAAAAAGAAAAAAAAGAAAAGCCUUAGCUGUUCUUAUUCCAGAUCUGUUGACUCCUUUCUGCUGACUUGGUAAUCUACAACCUUCCUAGCUUUUCUCCUAUAUGCCCCACCAGUUAGCCAGGUAUUCAGUAGAGGUACAUCUGUCUGUGCCCAAAGAAUUAACAGGAGCCACCUAGCAUAUUGACACAUCUUGUAAUACUUGAGGCUUAUUGCUUAUAGGGAGCUGGGGCACAGGGGAAUACGAGGUGCAUUAAAGAGGAGAUACAAUACAAAGCAGGAGGCAUGGUAUAAUAUCAGAAAAUCCUGCUAAUCAGGAUCACGGGAGAGAACAUAUGGCCCAGUGUACCUCUCACUUUCCAGACAAAGUGAGAGGGAAGUUUGUGGUAGCGAGGACAUGUGUGACAGGGUUUGGCUCAUCCUCUAUUUGGAUCAUUUGCACUGUUCUCCACACCUGUGGAUAAUCCAGCCUGGAUUUUAUGAUUAAGAUGAAGGCACACUAUGUUUACCUUUACUGAAAUUACUUCACUUUUAUGCCUUUAUGUUUGUUCUUCAGAAAUAUCUGCUAGAGCUGAGUUGAUUUUAAAUGAUUUAGGACUGUAUAAACUUGUGACCACAUUUAUAAUAUUAAAGUUGCUUUCCCAUAAAGAA